UCCAAAAUGUGUUUAUUGAGAUGGUUUCCCACUCAUCUUGAUUCAGAGUGCUUUUAGUGCUGCUUCCUCCUGAAGGAACAUCCUUCUGUAAGCCUUGCUUUUCCUCCUGUAGGCUGGCAGAGGACAGUGGAGCAGCCAACACACAAAACUACCGUUUGUGCAUGGCUAAAGACCAUGGUGAUUUUAUAGCAUCCUGGGCAUUUCACAUCCAUGAAGUAGGAAUUGAGGCUCUGCACCAGGCGUUUCUUCUUGUGUUUCCUCUUCUCUUCUGGAGAGGGAUGAAGGAGAUCCUUUGCGAGAGGCAUGUUCUCGUGUGGGAUCUCCUUCAUCCCUCUCCAGAAGAGGAGAAGAGGAAACACAAGAAGAAACGCCUGGUGCAGAGCCUCAAUUCCUACUUCAUGGAUGUGAAAUGCCCAGGAUGCUAUAAAAUCACCACGGUCUUUAGCCAUGCACAAAUGGUAGUUUUGUGUGUUGGCUGCUCCACUGUCCUCUGCCAGCCUACAGGAGGAAAAGCAAGGCUUACAGAAGGAUGUUCCUUCAGGAGGAAGCAGCACUAAAAGCACUCUGAAUCAAGAUGAGUGGGAAACCAUCUCAAUAAACAUAUUUUGGAUUUAA